CUUUCAGCUACAAUGGGAAUUGCUACUAUUAGAAGGCAGAAAAAGUGGCAAAACUGGUUUCCUUCAAUUCUUAGUUGUUCUUAUCUUCAAAGCAUACAUCACGUGGACACACAGUCACAAAUACUAGCCAUGCCUCCAGUAUGCCAAUAAAAGUCAAAGUUUCUCAGUACCUUCAGCCAAAAAUCAACCAUCAAACUCGCUGUAUUAAAUGUUCUUGCACCAACCUAGGAGGACAACUAAUGCGGAAAGAUACAAAUUCUUGUGUUUCUGUCUGAAACAUUUUGCCAGAAGAGUACUUUGGAAGAGUGUUUUAUUUUACAGCAUCCCUUACACAGGACAUCUUUGUAUUGAGUGUAACAGAGCCUGACAUCUGAAUCCGCUGGGCUCCUGGCAGCGCCGAGCUAUCAGGUAGCUGAAGCCAUCUCCUGGUUACUGCCGGGUGAAGCCCAGAGCCACUUCUUUCAGCAGCUGAACUCCACUCGACAGAAACUACUCCUCUCCAUCCGGACUUUGUCCCUGUGGAGGCCGACUCCAGCCGGCUCUUCCCGAGCAUCGCCCGCGGCGGUCGGGAGCGGAUCAGCACCACGGCCAGCGCCCCCGGCCGCCCGCAGCCGGCGCCCAGGGAACCCAAAGGAGCGCAGGAAUCGCGGGAGAGGGAAGUCCUGCCUCCGUGCUGAUGCCUUUUAUGGGGACCAGACACCAAACGAAAGGUCAAAGCAUGCUGUUUGACCUCCUCAGCUAUAUUUUAAACCGAGGAAAGGACAAAGGUCUUUCACAGAAACAAAUGGAAUAGAAAGGACAUUUCUGUGUUACCAUCAUGCUUCUCCCAAUGUUAGACUGAAAAAAAAUUGGUGCAGCCAUAGGGAUUUUUUUCCCUUCUCAUGACAGUAAGUGGCAAUUUUUUUUUGUCUGCUGAGGGCAAAGGUAACUGCUGCUGAUUGCCAGAUCCAGUGUGAAAUUAAGCAGCUGAAAAAGUAUAAAGGGGAGGAAGUGACACAUUAUGUUCAAAAAGAUCCAUUCUAUAUUUCACCCCAACUCCCAGCGAAGAAACGUGACAGAUGACAUUCCUUACAGUGAUGGAGCUGGCUCUGCAGUGAGACUGAUCCGCAGCACUUCCAUGUAUGUCCUUGGAGGUGAGCAGGAAAAAGUUAGUGAACCGCUAAAAAAGUGCAGAAGUACAACCAGCAUCGACUCUUGCUUUCAGCCAAAAGAGGAAGACAGAGACUGGAUGUACUCUAAGACUCAGGACUGCUUGAAGUACCUGCAGGAUCUGCUAGCCUUGAGGAAAAAAUAUCUUGAAAACAUCAAUAACUUGAAAUCCAUGCAUAUGGCUUCAGAUUCUCCAGCAUCCACAAGGUCAUCCAAAACUGGAAAAAAGUCAUUUCUUCCACUUCCUUCCAAAGAGCCUUCUAAGGCAUCUAUGGAAAGAAAAGGCACACAGUCCAGUUCAGAUGUAAGAGAAGCAAUAGCCUUCUUCGACUCAGUGAUUGCAGACCUGGACUCAGAGAGAUGGCGGAGAGUUCCUGACGUGGAUCUGCCAAAUGUGGAUGUCGAUUUUGAUGUUGCUACUAGUACGAGUGAACACAGUUUGCAUUCAAACUGGAUCCUUCGCGCUCCCCGGAGAUACUCCCAAGACACUGCCCAAGCAGCCAAGCAAUCCCAAAGAAACAGUCAGAGGAGAACCACUGGCUCUAGGAAAAGGCUGGAAAGGCAUCCCAUGUACCUGCCCAAAGCUGUGGAAGGGGCAUACAGCACUUUAAAAUUUAAACCUAAAACACACAAGAAAGAAUGUUGA